CUCAUCCCUCCCCCCGCCUGCCUGCCGGUGUAACGGAGGUAAGGGGAGGGAGAAGAAGCACAUCCAGGAGGCGAGGACUUAAAAGGAAAACAAGGCGGACGGACCCAGAAAGAUAUUCCCUCAACAGUUCGACUGAGAUGAAAGCAACAGACUCUUCUCUACAACUAGGAUAUCAUAGGACAAUCUACUAUGGAUUCCCAUGAAACAGUUUCCAGUAACAUUUGCAGAUGACAGAUACACAGUUGUUUUUCUUAUAAUGGUAUCCAGCACAUCUUCUGUUCCAUGAUUCAGCCUUGGGUACUUUUAUAUCUGGACCCAGCUGCUGCCAACCUCGGCCUGAAUUACCAAAUUAAUUUUCCGUAUAUAAGCAACAGAAGAAUGGAAAUCUGAUUUGAUUUUAGAUUGCACAGUGCCUUGUGAGUUUACAGGGAUUUAAAAAAUAAUUCACUUUCACUAAACUACAAUGAACAAGUCUAUUUGAUUGAAAAAUAUUUCACAUUAUACUAGUGACAACAUUGAGAUCCCAUCUUUUCAGAAGUAGAAAUUUGUUUUCGCAUUGAUUGUUUGUUUAUAUAUUUUACAACCAUGUCAACCCCCCAAAAAUGAACGUAUUCAGCUUUUCUGUGUACAAAAGAUACAAGUCAACUGGGAUUGGGAAAAAACUGGAUUUGAGACUGAAUUAAUAUUAUCUAUAGGAAACAGAGGUUGGUCUCAUAUUAAUCCAGAAGAAUAUAUCUAUAUAAGGGAGUUUUUUUUCUAACAAACUUGUAUUCUUCUAAAAAAGUUCCGGAUUAAAGAAGACGCUCUUUAUUUAUUUUUACCCUAGGAACAUAAUGAAGAAUGUAUCUUAAUUUUUUCAUAUGAUACAAAAUAUGACUUUGGUAGGAAAAUCGGUUAUAUAAAGAUUUUCCUGUUAGAAGGCACAAAAAAACCCUGUAAAGUUUCUCAAACAAUGUGCUACUGACAAACUUCCAGAUGUUUGGAGUAAGGAGUUUAUUCCUUUAGCAAUGAUUGGAAACUGAGCAUGAGAAUGUGACAGUAAGGCUCGUGAGGUUUUUUUUUUUUUAUAUUUCUAAUUACCCAGAUGCUACAUCCAGAGCAAUGGGUGGGGGUUGAGGAAGCUGAAGAGAGAGACCCCAAGCAGCUUCCUCCUCCUCUGGGGUCUACUUGUCUGACUCUAGAAGAUGACCCCCUGCUCCUCUGAACUUGUGAGCGUUCUUGGGAUUGACAAGGGUGGAGCCAUGAAUCUGCUGUACAGAAAGAGUAGGGUGGAGUGGAGACAGAAAGAAGAAGAGCCUAAAAAGAGCUUGGGGAAGGUUCGGGAUAUGGCCUCAUUCCGCAAGCACUUCCGAAUGGGUUUUAUGACAAUGCCGGCUUCUCAGGAACGAGAUCCGCUACCUUGUGCUAGUGCUAUGGCCCCUCGAUCCUUGUCUUGCCAUUCUGUGGGUAGCGCUCCUGAGGAAAGUGGGGCUGAAGGAGGUGCCCCAGGGAGGAGACCCCCAGCUAAACCUAAAAGGAACCCCAGCACAAAACUAAGCUUAGGGGGAGAUGGGAGGACACAGGAUGAACGCAGAAUUAGAAAAGAAGGUUCUCUAAAAUAUUCCUCUGAGUCUCGCAAGAUGCCCCCUCAAAAGCCACAGCGCAGCCCCCACACACACCUUUCCACCUCUUUUGAUGAGAGCUGCACAAGCCGACCAGCCUCCUCAUCAUCUGUGCUACCUCCCACACCUCGACCCUCUGACCCUUCUCCAGAGGAGCCUGUGUACAUUGAAAUGGUGGGCAAUAUUUCUAGGGCUCCUCCACCUCCUCCCACUCCCGCCCCGCCAGAUGAUGAAUCAGAUGGAGGUGAAGAGGCCAUUUAUGAGGAAAUGAAGUAUCCAGUGCAUGAGGAAAACACAGCACACCCACGUCAUCCACAACGCAGGAGGCCACCACCUCCUAGGACUCCUGAAGUAGAUAUUCCCCCUCCUUUUCCAAACCUCCUUCAGCAUCGUCCAGCUCUCCUUGGAGCUCCCUCUGGGAAGGGACACAAGAUCUCCAAGCAUACACCACAAAUCUCCUCUAAAUUACCUGUGCCUCAUAAGGAUCAGCCCUCUUCUUCCAUGUCUUCUGUUCAUUUGCCUCCCUCUGGCCGUGCCCGCAGCCACUCGACUCCAUUACCCCCUCAGACUUCUGCACAACGCAGACCAGAAUCUGAAACUCCAUGUUCUCGUGGCUCCCUACAAGAGAAGGGUUCAUCAAUGUUGCCUAUCCCCCAUGGCCAUACAAGAGACAAAGCCCUCUCCUAUACUAUGGUCUACUCAUCUGUUAAGGUGACACAUUCCCUUCUUCCAGCUUCACAAAUGGAAGAGAAAACAGAGAGAGAAAUCUCUGUGCUCGCUGGACUCAUCUGCCCAACAUCACGGGUGGCAGGAACACAGUUGCCUAGCCGCCCACCUUCAGCAAACAUCCACCAGGGGCAUGGGGAGCAGGCAUCUCCCACAGUUUGGACAUAUCCUGCAGGCAGGAGGCCACCAGCAUAUGAGAACAGCGUUAAAACCACCAGGGGAGCAGGUACAGUGCAGACAACUGAUAACAGAGGAGGAGCUGUGAGUGCAGUGGAUGAAGAAAGGAUGGGAUCAGUGUGGGAGUUACAGAGACGGAUGUCGUGUGGACGAAGGAGUCAACUUGGGGAACCAUUGACAGAUGGAUCACGUGUAUGGAAUGGGACGCCUGGGAGGUCAGAAAAGACUGGUCAUGGAACUAUGGUUUCAGGUAUCCCUGUCCGUAGUCAGCAGAGUUUGGAUAGUGCAAUUGGCAGGGGUGUGGGCAGGACUGGAUUACCUGUGCCCUGUCAAACAUUCCCAGCUUGUCACCGGAACACAGACUUUGGUGGAAGUUAUCGCUUAGGUCGUUCUGCCUCAACCUCCGGCAUGCGACAAACAUCCAUCCACAGGCAAAACCAGGCUGUUUCUUCACCUACUCCACAAAUGCCCACAGGAGGCAGAGAACGUGAUGGGAAGCUUCAGGAGGUGAUUGAACGGAAACGAUUUUUGUGUCAUGAAAUCAAGUCCCGGCAACCAAAGGCUGAAAGGGGCCUGUGUAAGCAAGAAAGCUUGCCUAUCCUUCCCAGUUGGCGGCGGGGUUCAGAGGGACGCAAGGGGGGAACCCCACCCUGCCACCGACAACAGGCUGUGUUAUGGGACACUGCCAUUUGAAGGCAUGUGCCCUUACUCUCAACUUGCUGUUCUCCCAGGGACGCUGGUCGAAUCCCUGUGGAUGGGGUUAAGGGCGGAGAGAAGACGCACAGAGAAAAUAGGGAUCUUAUGCAAGAGCAAAAAGAAAGAUAAACUGUGUGUAUGGGGUAAAGGAGACUUUUUGAGGUACCUGGUGAACAAAGCUCUCCAUGACAAGAGAUAAGUUGAAUGGAGGGUAAAAUAGUCAUUGUGAUUAAAAAGUAGUUAGGAUUUAAGAAAUAAUAUUUCCAGAAGAAUCAGUGGAAUAAAUUUAGGUGUUGAGAGAGUCAGAUGAGAAAAUAAUAUCUGCUCUGUAAAUGGUGAGAUAAAACUGAAGAAGAGGCUCUGCAUGGUAUCGUAGAUUAUAUGUAUUCCUCUGGGGAGGAGAUCAUUUGUGGGUGACAGAAAGAGAAGUGCUUUUCAUGCAAGGAUAAGUUCUUCUGGGAGGGAUGGGUGAGAGGACAUAGGGCAAGAGGCUCUGAAGUGCUAUAUGCAUUUUAGAGUGGCCUGAUGAUAUGAAAGUGGGAAACAGUUACGGAAUAUAAUAAUUAUGAGAAAGAAAGAGUGGUGAAGUUUAAUAGUUCUUAAGCAAUCCAAUUGUCUAAGAAUGAUUAAAUGCUCAAAAUAACAAGGAAAUAAAUAUUCUCCCUGUAACCUCUAAUUUGUAGAAAAAUUAUAUUGAUGUACAUGUUACUAGA